GCGGCAUGAGCCAAACACCCCCCAAGCCACACCACUCCUCUCCGUGGGCUCCCAGGCUCCCCCAGCUCCUCUGCCACGGCCACCUGCUGUCCAAAAGCCCUCCUCCCACUCUUGGGUGGCUCUGUGUGGGCCUCCUCCUUGGGGCCUCAGCUGUCUUCUGGCUCUGCAGCAUGUCUUGGUCCUGGCUUCUCUGCUCUGUGCCUCCCACCUGCUCCUGCUUCGAAGUCUCCCCCCGGAAGGCCUCUCUUACCCCCCUGCCCAGCUCCUAGCCUCCAGCCUCUUUUCCUGUGGCAUGUCUACCACCCUGCAAACUUGGAUGGGCAGCAGGCUGCCUCUUGUCCAGGCUCCAUCCUUAGAGUUUCUUAUCCCUGCUCUGGUACUGACCAGCCAGAAGCUACCUCUGCCCAACCGAACACCAGGAAACUCCUCUCUCGUGCUGAGCCCGUGCAGGGGGGCUGGUUGCCAAGGCCCGGAGCUCUGGAAUACUUCUCUCCGAGAGGUGUCUGGGGCUGUGGUGGUGUCCGGGCUGCUGCAGGGCACGCUGGGGCUGCUGGGGGGUCCUGGCCACUUGUUCUCCCACUGUGGGCCCCUGGUGCUGGCCCCCAGCCUGGUUGUGGCAGGGCUCUCUGCCCACAAGGAGGUGGCCCUGUUCUGUUCCACUCACUGGGGCCUGGCAUGGCUGCUUAUCCUGCUCGUGGUGGUCUGUUCCCAGCACCUGGGCUCCUGCCCGUUACCCCCACGCCCCUGGAGGCCAGCUGCGACCUCUUCAACCCACACUCCCAUCGCUGCCUUCAGGGUCCUCUCGGUGCUGAUCCCAGUGGCCUGUGUGUGGACCAUCUCUGCCCUUCUGGGGCUCAGCAUCACCCCCCUGGAGCUGUCUGCCCCCACCGAGGCACCGUGGUUUUGGCUGCCUCACCCAGCUGAGUGGGACUGGCCCUUGCUGACACCCAGGGCUCUGGCUGCGGGCAUCUCCAUGGCCUUGGCAGCCUCCAUCAGCUCCCUGGGCUGCUACGCCCUGUGUGGCCGGCUGCUGCAUUUGCCUUCUCCACCUCCGCAUGCCUGUAGCCGAGGGCUGAGCCUGGAGGGUCUGGGCAGCGUGCUGGCCGGGCUGUUGGGGAGCCCCAUGGGCACUGCAUCCAUUCCCAACGUGGGCACAAUGAGUCUUUUCCAGGCUGGAUCUCGGCGAGUGGCCCACUUGGUGGGGCUGCUCUGUGUGGGGCUCGGGUUCUCCCCAAGGCUGGCCCAGCUCCUCAGCACCAUCCCACUGCCUGUGCUUGGUGGGGUGCUGGGGGUGACCCAGGCUGUGGUUUUGUCUACUGGAUUCUCCAGCUUCCACAUGGCUGACAUUGACUCUGGACGGAAUGUCUUCAUUGUCGGCUUCUCCAUCUUCAUGGCCCUGCUGCUGCCGAGAUGGUUUCGGGAGGCUCCAGUCCUGCUGAGCACAGGCUGGAGCCCUUUGGAUGUGUUACUGCGCUCACUGCUCACAGCACCCAUCUUCCUGGCGGGACUCUUGGGCUUCCUCCUAGAGAACACCAUUCCCGGCACACAGCUUGAGCGAGGCCUUAAUCAAGGGCUGCCAUCUCCUUUCACUGACCAAGAGGCACAGAUGCCUCAAAAGUCCAGGGAGAAGUCUGCUCAAGAGUACGAGCUUCCUUUCUCCAUCCAAAACCUGUGUCCCUGCCUUCCCCAGCCCCUCCGUUGCCUCUGCCCGCUGCCCAAAGAUUCUGGGAAUGAGGAAGGAGGAUCCUCUGAGCCAGGAGAGACAGCCGACUUGCUGCCUGGCUUCGGGGAGCAGCGCCCUGGAUCUAGCAGAGAAGAACUUAGGUCCCAGUAAUUACCAGGACUCCUACUUCUACCUUUGUUAGUUUAGCUCUAAAACUUGCUGGAGAGUCAGCUCCUAGGCUCUACUUUCUCCUGGGGAGAGAAAGUGUGUGUGUGUGUGUGUGUGUGUGUGAGAGAGAGAGAAAGAGAGAGAGAGAGAGAGAGAGAGAGAGAGAGAGAGAGAGAGAGAGAGAGACAUGGUCCUAUCUAAAGGUCUCAUUUCCCAAUACGUGUAUUUGCCUUUCCUUCUCUUAAUUAGGCCUAACUCUUCCAGAGCAGGGGCCGUGGUUCAGUAGGCCAUGAAUGAAUGGGUGAUAUUUUGCCUAUGAACUAUCUACUCGACCCCAGCAUUCACUUAACUGAUAUUUAUUGAGUGCUCCCACAUGCAAGGCCCUAAAAAAUACAGAUGUAGAUAAGACAGAGUCCCUGCGCCUUCAGAGCACUUCCGCUGUAAAAGGACAUGUAAUUAUGAACUAAAAUCCAAAACAGAAGGCAGUCUGCAAUAAAGAUGAAAACAAUACUAAGGGAACAACGAGGAAGAAGCAAUGAAUUCUUCUAUACUGGCAAAGGCUUUAGGAUAAAAACACCACUGAGACUGGCCUUGGCAAGAGGAGGAUUUCUGGUUGUGGAACAUAGAUGGGGAGAAUUUUUCAAGCUCAGGUAUCCAGCUGGAGCAAAACCCAAGUUGUACAGGGUACAAGAUGAGGUGAAGGACUUCAAGCUUCCCUGUGGUGAUGGAGCAUCAGUAUGCGGGUGGAUGGAGGGAGAAAUGAGACAGGAGAGGUAAAGGAUUAAGUCAGACCAUUGGACUUAUGCCUGGGAGACUCUCUUAGUGCUCUUAGUGCUGGUGAGGACCUGAGAGAUUUAUCUAGUGAUGUUCAACCCCCUCAUUUUACUAAAACAAAACAAAGCAAAGCAGAACAAAACAAAAAAGACUGGAUAGAUAGGGAAGGGAAGUGACUCGGAGUUUUUAACAAGCCCAAAUCUGGGGUCCCCUCUCUUGCACCUCAUCUGGCAUUCCUUCUACUCUACCAGCACACCCUAAGGAGCGCCACUACCCCUCCGCCUCUAUGCCAGGGGAUCCUACAGCCUCUUUUCUGGCUUCCGUCCACGGCGACCUUCCACCUCCGAGCGCUCGGGUUAUCAGCCCGGCGGGCCCACAGGUCCCGCCCACAUCAGGACGGGGCUCCGCCCCAGUGUCCCGAGACCCCGCCUCCCCGUGGAUGCGGGGAAAGGCUUUUACUCUAGGCCUCUCGGUUUGCGCGGGCGGGCCAGCCUGCCGCGGGGAGGGUGAGAGUUCUUGCGGCCGCUCACGGGAAAAUGAUCAAACUGCCGGUAAAGUAGCCGUAGUUCCUGAACAUCUACUAGGGGAGGAAUUUUCACAAGAUGUAUUUGACAUAGAACUGUCUGAGUGGUGUCCCCCCAGGCCUACAGUACCCUGGGGGGCUCUUGUUGAAUGAAGACUCUCCUGCAGAUGGAGGAACUGGAGCAAGGCCUGCUGAUGCAGCCGUGGGCAUGGCUACAGCUUUCUGAGAACUCCUCUUGGCUAAGGCUUAUAUCACCCAGCAGGGCUAUGCCUUGCUGGUUUCAGAUCUUCAGCAGGUAUGGCAUGAACAGGUGGACACUAGCGUGGUCAGCCAGAGAGCAAAGGAGCUGAACAAGCGCCUGACUGCUCCUCCUGCAGCUUUUCUCUGUCGCCUGGAUGAGCUGCUUCGCCCGUUGUUGAAGGACAUUGCUUGCCCUGGCAAAGCUACAUUCUCCUGUGACCGUGUGCAGAAACACUGAUACUGCGGGUGCGGAGUGAGCUCUCCGGUCUCCCAUUCUAUUGGAAUUUCCACUGCACCCUAGCUACCCCAUCACUGGUCACCCAACAUUUGAUUCGUCCUCUGAUGGGCAUGAGUCUGGCGUUGCAGUGCCAAGUGAGGGAGCUAGCAACAUUGCUUCGUAUGAAAGACCUAGAGAUCCAGGACUACCAGGAGAGUGGGGCCCUGCUGAGCCGAGAUCGGUUGAAGACAGAGCCAUUUGAAGAGAAGUCCUUCUUGGAACAGUUUAUGGUAGAGAAACUACCAGAGGCAUGCAGUGUUGGUGAUGGAAGACCUUUUGUCACAAAUCUACAGAGUCUGUAUAUGGCAGUCACCAGACAAGAGAUCCUAGUGGGACAGGAGCAUCAAGGCACAGGAGAUCCCCAGACCUCAAGCAGUACCUCCUCCCAGGAUGCCAAUGGCCAGCUUCUGAACCAGCCAGAGGAGCCAGUCUCCUCAGCACCAUCCCUCCCAGUGCCUGAGAAGGAGCCCACAGUUACUUCAGGACCCAUGCAGAGACCUCAGCUGUUGAAGGCCAAGAGGAAGAAGCUAAGGGGACUCUUCAGCUAACCUGUCAUUGUCUCAACUCCUAAGAAUGGAUUUGGAGAGUAGUCUCCUAGUGUCACCUUGAAAGGAGCACCCGUGGCAGCAACAUCUCUGACACAGAGUUAUACAGUUAGGGACCCCACUGUAAGGGCAAGAUAACUGAAGUUCAUGUUGGCAGGCAUGGGUACUGUCAACUGAGGGAAUGCUGGCUCCAACACAUCAGGCACUGGCCUUCCCUGUCAGAGUGGAAGCCAGUCUCUGGGAACCCUAUACCCUCCUCUCUUUUGCUGGAGGUUCUCUAGACCCAGGAUCUACCAUGGACUUUUAGGUAUAUGGGGCAGGUCAGCAAAAAGGCACAACAUGCUUUGGAAGCCUUGUCUACUUUUCUUGAGAGUCCCUAGCCAGUCCCAGAUGCUUCUCCAAGACCCUUUUCUCUCUUGAGCAUGAAAUACAAAGCAUUCACACUC